AUGAAUGCCUUAUAUAAUCAUGCUGUGAAACAAAAGAGUCAAUUACAAAGAGACCUCCAUCGAUUUGAGAAGAAUCCACAGACUGCCCCGAUUUCUUUACAAGGGUCGAUUUCUGCUACGUUGGUUUCCUUUGAGAAGACUGUAGCUCAAUAUGCGGAUUAUUUGACUAAUCAACCUAUAUUGAAUGAUCAAGAAGAUGAUAUAAAUAAAGAGAAAAACCAAAGUCGAUUGGUGUCUCUAAGAGAAGAGCUAGAUCAUUUGCAGACAAGCUUUAAAGAUUUGAAAAAAUUGUAUAAUGAAGCUAAUUCUAAUACAAAUCAAAGAAACCAGUUGUUUGGCUCAACAACUACUUCAGAAAACCCUUAUAAUGAUAUGGAUACAAUGAUGAAUCAAAGGAGGACUGCUGGUUCAAAUGCAGGGGAACAACGUCAACAGCAACAGAAUAUGUCAUAUAGGGAUGGCCUACAAAAUGAAAACUCGGUGUUUCAAAGAGGUAACUCACAAUUGGAUUAUAUCUUGGAAAUGGGUCAAAACUCAUUAAAUGAUAUCAUUGAACAAAAUCACAUCUUAGAUACUGUACAGGAUAAAUUGACUAAAUCGUUGAGGACGUUGAACGUCUCGGAGGGAACCAUUCAAUCUGUCAAUAGUCGUCUGUUCAAGGAUAAACUUAUCUUUUGGAUUGGUUUAAUUCUAAUGUUUUUAGGAAUGUAUUUCAUAUUGAAAUGGUUACGAUAA